AGCCGAUUGGCUCUUGCACCGCCGAUGUGCUGUUGGUGAGAGCCUGCCGCAGUCACGGCACGUUUUGUCUUCGACAGGCUCUUGCGGAUGUUCGCUGCUGGAGGGUGCCGCACUGUCCUGCUCAGGAGCAACGGCACGGCUGUGGCGCGCGGCUGGAAUAAGGAUGGUCAGUGCAACCUCCCGGCGCUGGUCGCCGGCCUGACCUACACGCAGGUGGCCGCUGGGGGGUACCACACGGUCCUGCUCAGAAGCGACGGCACGGCCGUGGCUUGCGGCCGUAAUGAUGACGGUCAGUGCGACCUUCCAGCGCUUGUCGCGGGCCUGACCUACACGCAGGUGGCCACCGGAGGGUACCACACAGUCCUGCUCAGAAGCGACGGCACAGCUGUGGCUUGCGGCCGCGGUGAUGAUGGUCAGCGCGACCUCCCGGCGUUGGUCGCGGGCUUGACCUACGCGCAGGUGUCGGCUGGAGAUUGCCAUACUGUCCUGCUGAGGAGCGACGGCACGGCCGUGGCCUGUGGAUACAAUGGUGAUGGUCAGUGCGACUUUCCAGCGCUGGUCGCGGGCCUGACCUACACGCAGGUUGCCAGUGGGGAUUGCCAUACAGUCCUGCUCAGAAGCGACGGCUCGGCCGUGGCCUGCGGAUACAAUGAUGAUGGUCAGUGCGACCUCCCAGCGCUGGUUGCGGGCCUAUCUUACACGCAGGUGGCCGCUGGUGGGGGCCACACAGUGCUGCUGAGAAGCGACGGUACCACCGCGGCUUGCGGCGGCAAUGACGAUGGUCAGUGUGACUUCCCAGCGCUGGUCGCGGGCUUCACCUACACGCAGGUGGCCGCUGGAGAUUGCCAUACGGUCCUGCUGACAAGCGACGGCAAGGCCGUGGCCUGCGGGUGCAACAACGUUGGUCAGUGCGACCUGCCAGAGCUGACCGCGGGCCUGACAUACUCAGCUCACCUAUUUCCAGCACUGCUCCUGCAGGCGUCGCUCGACGGUGAUUCGAUGCGUUUCGUGACCCUUAGUGGAGUAGAGCGCUGCAGAACCGUGGUGGGCUCUACCGCUCGCCUCGCAGACAUCUACGACCAGCUGAUGGCCGACCGUCGUGCGGGCAGGCUGGGACCCGGGAUCCAGCGAGUCGACGCGAUCUUGCCUCGGGGCCGUUUGCUCAGCGACGCCUCUGCCGAGGAGACGGUCGCCAGCGUCUUCGGGCUUGCCUGGCCAGUUUGAGCCGUUUCAAAGUCCUCGACGGUAUUCCUGAAAGUCGUGCAAGAGACGAGGAAUAAAGGAAAAGUCCGACGAGAUGGGAAGACUGGAGGUGAUGUUCGCGACGACGGAGGCCUAGAAGCAAGAGGGCAACGGUCUGGUGAACGUGUUCUUCAAGGUCAUCGUGUCGUCCGCCAAGACAGACUUCACCGAGAGGAUCUGUAGGCACACUGGCACUGGUCCCCGUGGUGCACCAGACUGUGCACAUGGAGGCCUGCUGCCUCGUGGUCUUCGGGGUCCCGCGCGGG